UCAAUAAGUUUUACGUGUGGGAUAACAGCGAAACGUGACGAACCAUCGACCCGUACCGGACUUCGUCUCCGAUACGAGUCGAUACGUAAUGUUUUCGUACCGUUACAUAUCGAAUUUUUGUUCUUGAAAAUCUUAAUAUAGUAUAAUUAUACUUAUCUAUCUCUGAUACUCAGUGAAAGUUUUGACAAGCAGAUUUAAUCUUUUAAUGAUGACAUUGGUGUAAUUACAAUAGAUCAACGAAACCGUUUUGUAAUAAUAAUCAUGACUGGAAAAUCAUCGAAAAUUUGUAUUUUGUGUGUGGAACCAGUGCUCAAAUAUCCCAGAUCUAGGAUGUCUUUACACUCAUUUCCAUUGUGUCCAAAAAAACGGCAGAUUUGGCUUAAUCGGUGUGGAUUAACAAAUGCAGAAGUCUCACCAAAUUGUAAGAUAUGUUCAUUUCACUUUGAGCCAACAUGUUUUAAAUCCGGUGUAAAGAGACGCAUACUUUAUCCUGAUGCAGUACCAACAAUUUUUAAAAAAGGCCAUGUUGAAAUUGCAAACACGCCAUUAAAAAAUACCAAAGUUAUGACUGGAAAAUCAUCGAAAAUUUGUAUUUUGUGUGUGGAACCAGUGCACAAAUAUCCCAGAUCCAAGAUGUCUUUACACUCAUUUCCAUUGUGUCCAAAAAAACGGCAGAUCUGGCUUAAUCGUUGUAGAUUAACAAAUGCAGAAAUCUUACCAAAUUGUAAGAUAUGUUCAUUUCACUUUGAGCCAACAUGUUUCAAAUCCGGUGUAAAGAGACGCAUACUUUAUCCUGACGCAGUACCAACAAUUUUUAAAAACGACCGUUUUGAAAUGGCAAAUACGCCAUUAAAAAAUACUAAAGAAAGUCAAAAAAAAUGCAAUAAAAAUGGAAUUGCUGUCGAGAUUUAUCAGUCGCAUAAUAUUUCAUUAACUAGAGCUGCUAAAAAAGUGAUUAGCGUCCAGGAUCGUCAGUUACGUAAUGUUGUAUUAACAAGAGCUACUGAAAAAGUAAUUGAGGAUCAGAAUUGUCAAGGUCAUAGUAUUUCACCACCAAAAGUUACUAAAAGUGUAAUUACCGGUCAAACUUGUCAGUCUUGUGAUAUUUCACACGCAAAAUUUGUUAUGGAAGUAUAUGAACGUGUGGCAAGUAUGGUAACAAAUAAAAAAAGAGAACUUGAUGAGCUUGAUAAAACUAUUAUGAAACUGGAAAAAGAAAAGUCAUCACUUAUAUCACAAUUGGAAGUUGCAAAUAGACAAAUAGCAUUAUUUAACACUGUUAAUUGAUUUUACACCUAAUAGUUAAAAAACAUUAAUUAAUCUAUCAAACAGUAAAAAAAUGUUCUGCUUUUUUUUUCUAAUAUUGCAGUAAGUGAUGAAAGUUGUUCAAUACUAAACAUUGUAUUCUGUUUUAUCUAGUUAUUGGAGAAAAGAAAUAACAUUCUGAAUAAUUUGUUUGAUAAAGUAAUAUUAUGUUUCAUUUAAUAUCAAAAUAUUUUAAAUAAGAAAAUGCAACUGCUAGUUAGGAAAUUUAUAUUAUUAUAGUUUUGUUUUUAAUUUAAAAAAAUAACUAUUGGAUGUAGUUACUGCAUAUUUUAUAAUUUGUUAAAUAAAUGCAUUUAUUUAUUUA